AUGCAUCAGGAUGUGGUUCACAAUUUUGUAAGCAGUCUAAUGGACACACUGGAAACUCCUGUUAUGCAGUUUGAUGAGAGGUUCAGUUAUUUCCUAUACGACAAGCAAUCGAGUCGCGUGCUAACUGUGGUUUAUAUGGCAGACACAGAGCUGCAAAACCAUGAAGGUUUACUCAAGACCCUUGUGGCCAAUUUACGACUCAUGACCACAACUCGAGUGGUUUUUGUGGUGCAGCCAGGGGAAGUGAAUGAAACGUUUCUCUACAAACUGUUUUCGCACUGCUGGAAAAUGAAACUGCUUAAUGUGUUGGCUGUUUUUGGGGAUUUCGAGAGGACUUAUGUGAUCUAUAGCUACAAUCCCUUUCCCCGUUUUCAAAUGGAGCAACACGCCUACAAUUCGCACUCAAUCAUCUUUCCGAAUCGUCUUAAGGAUCUUCAAGGACAUCGAGUACGCAUUAUAAUUGGUGGAGCAACUCCUCGUAUCAUAGGAUACUAUGACAAGCAGGGAAGGGCGAUAUAUAAAGGCACCCUGGGUCACUUUAUGGAUGUGUUUCAGCAAAAGUACAACUGCAUCCUUAUAGAGCCUUUUCCGGCCAAUGCAACUGCACUUGCUCCUUCCACAGAUGUAUUGGCUGCUGUGAUUAAUGGCAGUGUGGACAUAUCGAUGGGCACCACUUUUCCCUUUCGCCUGAAUCUGAGAGGCUUCUCCUAUCCCAUUGAGCAGAUGCAUUGGUGUCUCAUGUUGCCCAUCGAACCGAAUAUUCCCCCUGCUGAGUACUACAUUAAAGUGUUUGAGUUGGCGGCUUUUCUUUUAACCUUGGUCACCAUGGUGAUCACUUCAUUCACUCUAGCCACAGCUCUGCAGCAACAUGGUUAUCGUGUGCAACCCAUGGAUUAUGUAAUGCAUGAGAAUUGCUUGAGAGGAGCUCUGGGACAAUCAUUCUAUGAGGUGCUAAGGGCGCCAAUUGUGGUGCGUGCUAUUUAUGUACAGAUCUGUGUGCUGGGAUUCCUGCUCACCGCCUGGUACAACUCGUAUUUCUCAGCCUAUGUGACCAGUUCUCCCAAGGAGGCGCCCUAUCGCAGCUACGAUGAUGUCCUGGCCUCCAGCAUCAAAGUGGUCGCCUGGCAGGAUGAAUAUAAUGAGCUCAUUGGACGCCUGACCUCGUUCAAGAAAUAUGAACCCAUGUUCUAUGUGGAGCCCAGUUUCAGUAAAUAUCUAAGCAUGCGAGAUUCAUUCAAUACGGACUUUGGUUACAUGAUGACCACCACCAAGUGGAUUGUGAUCCACGCCCAGCAGAAUGUCUUCACCAGACCCUUGUUCCGCAUGCGUGAGGAUUUCUGUUUCUUCAACAAUGUUCCCAUCGGAUUUCCCCUGCAUGAGAACUCGAUUUAUAUGCAACCCAUUCAGGAUCUGAUUUUUGAUCUCACAGCAACGGGUUUAUUGUCACACUGGAGCAAAAGUGGCUUCAUGGAACUCGUUGAGGCUGGCGAACUGCAUUUAAUUGAUCUGAGUCCGCCAAGGGAGUUUCGUGCCAUGCAGCUACAGGAUCUGCAAUACAUUUGGUGCCACGACAACGAAGAUGACGACGAAGACGACGACGACGACGACGAUGUCGAUGAUGCGGAUGAUGUGAGACACCUGCGCUGGAAACUGGCGCCUCUUGAAAUUCCCUAA